AUGCGACGAAAAGGUGUUCUGGCAGCAGCAGCUUUUCUGUCGUCGGCGCUGUUCCUACUUGGACUUUGGCAUACCUCAACCACUCCAUGGACAUCUCAGCGUGUCAACACCGAGGCCAUUGGCAGCCCAUGGAUCGAAAAAGGUGCCAAGGCAGGGGACAAGGCAAUCGUGGUUGCCAAAAUGAAGAACGAAAACGUAGACUGGGUUCUUGACAGUCUUCCAGAAUGGCAACAUGCUAUCUACCACAUGGACGAACCCGACUACGUCUUGCAUGUUCCUGAAAACAAAGGACGCGAAGCCCAAGCCUAUUUGACCUUCCUGAUCGACCACUACCAUAAUCUUCCGGAGAUCACUGUCUUCCUUCAUCCCCAUCUCAAAGGUUGGCCCGAAGCAUGGCACACCGAUGCUGCUGACUACAACAACGUAAACUCAGUCAACGGGUUGCGUCUCGAAUACGUACGGGAGCACGGGUAUGCCAAUAUGCGAUGUAUCCACGAUCCGGGUUGUCCUGCUGAGAUUCAGCCCUUUCGAGAGGAUCCUUCCCGUACUGCCGAAAUCGCUUUUAAGGAUGCCUGGAUGUAUUUCUUUCAAACCAACCUAUCGAGUGUCCCGGAAAAGGUGGGCACCCCAUGCUGCUCUCAGUUCGCAGUUUCAAGAGACCAAGUGCUGAAGCGUCCACUGAGUGACUAUCUACGAUACCGAAGGUGGUUGCUAGAGACGACCCUGACUAGCGACGUUUCAGGAAGAGUCAUGGAGUAUAUGUGGCACAUCAUGUUUGGCAAGGAUCCUAUCUGGUGUCCAAGCUUGCACACUUGCUGGUGUGAGCAAUUCGGCCGCUGUUAG